AUGCCAAGUAAGUUCAGGGAGGCCCUGUUGACAGAAUUGCACUUCACGCACGCGGGAAUGAGCUGCAUGAAGACGAUCGCGUGUUCGUAUUUUUGGUGGCCAGGGAUCGACAACGACAUUGAAAACACGGCGCGCAAAUGCGAAAAUUUUAUACAGGUUAAACCCGCACCACCAAAAGCAGUGCUAACGCCAUGGAAGUGGCCGGAACAAGUGUGGAUGCGCAUACACGUAGACUUUUUAGGGCCUUACAAAAAUAAAAUUUUUUUAAUAGUAGUCGACGUGACUUCAAAAUGGCUCGAAGUGUUUGAGGUAAGCACGAGUACGGCGUCAGUGGUAAUCGUAAAAAUGCAAGAACUUUUCGCUCGUUUCGGGGUCCCCAAGUCCAUUACCACCGAUGGAGCCAAGUGUUUCACAGGUACGGAAUUUAGCACGUUCUGCGUAAAUGGGAACAUAAGACACUUGGUGGGAGCUCCGUUCCACCCGGAAACAAACGGGGCAGCCGAAUCAGGGGUUAAAAUAGUGAAAAAUUUCUUUAAGAAAAACCAAACCACCAGCCCGACGCUAUUACAGAAAUUCCUGUUAUUUCACCGCAAUACACCGCACUCGGCAACGCGCCAGACACCGGCAAAAUUAUUACUAGGACGUAGCACCCGAACACAGUUCGAUAUGCUGAUUCCCAGCACAAAGGACGUGGUUAGUGAUCACCAGGAUUCCCAAAUCAAACGUCACGGUAAACGACAGCAUGAAAUCCAACAGGGAGACACAGUGGCCGUGCAGGAUUAUCGGAGGAAUGAAAAUAAGUGGUCAAUAGGGACUGUUACGAAAAAUGUGGGGAAACAAGCGUUUGAGGUGGAUACCGAGGCGGGCACUUGGAAGCGACACAUAGACCAGACCAGGGGUCUCCAACCUUUUUUUACGGCGGGCCAAAUUUAA